CCGUCUGCUGAGUAGCCUCUGUUGCUGUCAUCAGAAGCUUGUUCGAAGUUCGAAGACGAAGUUGCGUCCUUACUCCGCUGACAGUCGCGAUUCUCCCAGGCUGUCCGAGGGCCUAUCACCAAUCUUAUUUUCAAUACCGAUACCCUGUUCGAGGAUAAGCCUUGGGACGUCAGCUUUGACCCUGCUGUUGUGAAACGGAGUGUGGGUAUUCCCGCUCAAUUUUUUGUUUUUGGAAAUCUAGGGGAUUUGGUCAUCUAUGACGUUGCCAAGGACCCCAGCCACCUGAUCGGAACUGCAUUUUUCUUAUCACCACGAUGCUUUCGGUCGUAGGAUUCUCUCCCACCGUCUUUCUUGGCCAUGGACUACGACAGGUGGGACGCUCUCCUUCACCACAUCUUCAAGCAAACGCAGGGCGACGCAUGGUUUCGUCCCCAGGAAGAGAGCCUUACCUCAGGUGUCGCCCUACGCGUGAACGACUCGCCGCCAGAGUUCCGCGUUUUUCCUUAUGAAAACAUCUACCUGGAGCCUUUCGAGGCCGCUGUCCAGAAACUCAACCCCGUCGUUGCAGUAAAGGUUCGCAGCGCCGCCGUUCACGCUGCACUCGCAGAUGUACCUCCCGACGCGACGAGCAUCUAUGUCGACAGUAAUACACGCAUCCAGAUCAUCGACACGAUGCUCCAGCUUCCCCAGGCCGACAAGGAACAGUGCGCCGCCUUCAUUCGGGACGAGCGUGUGCUUGUUGUUUUCACCUCUUCCCUCGACACUAUCAUACCCACUUGCCAGGACUUUGAAGACCGACUCAUAAAGCUCUUGUGGCGGUCUCGUCCUGGAGCCCCAUCUUCUAUAUCCGCCGGUUCAAUUCUUCCUCGAGAGGGAUCGAUUUCAGUCACCGGUCAUGGUAGUACUACCCCAUCUCUUUCUAAUCAUAGUCUCGUCGAACCUUCUCCCAUUCUCAAGAGCAAGGUCAAGCGGAAUUGGUAUGGGAAAAAGGUCGGUAUGUCUGUGCCAAAAGCAGAGAUUCGAGAAACGAAGCUUUAUGCUCCGUUUUACAAUGGUCUCGCUGCAGCAUUGGCCCUAAUCUUCGUUGGGAAUGGUAUCAAGACCCUCUUGACGGAAUCGAUUCUCGAUUCCACCUAUAUGCGGUUUGCCUUGUUGGUCAUUCUCCCGCUUCUCUUCUGUGUCUCGUUGUUCUUCACCCUCCAGAUUGUCCAAAAUGUCUCAAUGGCGAUCGGGCCUAUAGCCCAAUACCACGCGAAUAGCAAAUAUUACUCCGCUAUUCCCCCUCUCUCCAACGAUGACGUCGAUAACCACUUGCCCCAUAUCACUAUCCAAAUGCCCGUGUACAAGGAAAACCUCGACUCCGUACUUGAUCCCUCGUUUAACUCCAUAAAACGAGCCAUGCGGACAUAUGCGCGCCAAGGUGGAACAUCUAGCAUCUUCGUUAACGACGAUGGCCUUCGGCUCAUUUCCAUGGCCGACCGGGACGAGCGGAUAGCGUAUUACGCCACACACGGUAUCGCUUGGGUUGCCCGUCCUCGACAUGGUUACACCGAAGAAACCGGCGACGUCGAGAAAGGUCUCAAGGAUCACAAGGAAGCACCCUUUUUGCGUGCUGGUCGUUUCAAGAAGGCCAGUAACAUGAACUACGGCUUGAGCCUAUCUCUCAAGGUCGAGAACCAUCUGGAUCACUUGAUGGUGAACCGACCGCCACAGGCGCAUUAUCGUCGAGCGUCGGCGGCUACCAGUCAGGCAAUGUCGGAAUUCGGUAGCAAUGGCCAUCUUGGCACUCACGGAGGCACGUAUGGAAUGCAGUAUAUGGGCAAAGAGGGCGAUGAUAUGGCACGGAUGUUGGAUUUGGAGGACGAUGAAGAUACAGAGGAGAUGGCGCUCCAAAUGGCGAUGGAACAGGUGUACGAAGAGAGCGGGUCUCGAUUCCGACCCUGGGCAGCAUUCGGAAAGGGAAUGCGUAUCGGUGAAAUCAUUUUACUAGUUGACAGUGACACAGUUGUGCCCGAGGACUGUUUACGGGAUGCCGCGCGGGAAAUGGCUGCCUGCCCCAACGUCGCUAUUAUCCAGCACGAAAGUGACGUCAUGCAGGUCGCUAACCACUAUUUCGAGAACGGUAUCGCGUACUUUACACGGCGGAUUAAUAGGUGUAUAUCCAUGGCCUGCGCUAACGGAGAAGUGGCGCCUUUCGUAGGGCAUAAUGCCUUCCUCAGGUGGAAGGCGCUACAGGAUGCGGCAUUUGUUGAUCCGGACGAUAAGGUGGCGAAGGCGACAGGAGAGGAGAGGAUAUGGAGUGAAUCGAACGUGUCGGAAGACUUUGAUAUGGCAUUGAGGCUUUUGAUGAGGGGCUACGAUAUCCGGUGGGCGACGUAUUCAAAUGGAGGUUUCAAGGAGGGUGUGUCACUGACAGUGGACGACGAAUUGAAUCGUUGGCAGAAAUACGCUUAUGGUUGUAACGAGCUGCUCUUCAACCCGUUGGUCAAAUGGUUCAGGAAGGGUCCGAUCGCACAUCAGAUCAACCGAUUUAUGUGGUGUAAAGCUCCUAUCCAUUACAAGAUCUCCGUUAUGGCAUACAUGUUUUCUUACUAUGGUAUCGCUGCCUCCGUCACUAUCGGUAUCAUCAACUAUAUUCUCCUUGGAUUCCAGUUCCACGUGGAUGGUUUCUACAUGCAUUCCUUUGAGGUCUUUCUAGCGACAACAGUCGUAUUCUUCGGUUCAGGAAAUGUAGGCUACACCCUUCUGGAGUAUCGGCUAGGCCAUAAGCCGCUAGUCAUGGGAUUCAUUGAGAAUGUGAUGUGGGUUCCGUUCUUGUACGUUCCUUAUCGCCUCCUUUAUCUUUCCCCCCCAAAUGUUCACCAUCUUACGUGCAGUUUCUUCUUCUUUGGCGGGCUCUCCAUCCCGGUGUCUCAAGCUCUCCUUGCGCACCUAUUCUCGUAUGACAUUACGUGGAGCGCCACCAUUAAAGAGGUCCAGAGAUCGAACUUCUUCAAGGAGAUUCCGAAGAUCGCUAAGCGGUUCUGGUUCCCGCUUAUCGUCAGCUUCCUCCUCAUUGUUGGGAUGAUCAUUCUCAGCACGACGCUAGUACCUCUAGGAUGGAGAGUCGACGGUUCAGCGUGGGCCGUUAUCUUCCCGAUAAGUGUGGCUACAGCUUGCCAUAUCCUUUUCCCGAUCGUCCUCAACCCGUGGUUGAUGGUGUUCUCAUAUUGAUGGACGAGCUUUGGACUUGUCCCAUCAACAUUCGCUUAUUAUUGCUUUCACUUUUCGCUCUCGUUUAUGUUGGACUCACUCGGUUACUGUGCGAGCACACUUAUUAGAACAAACUCAUUCACUGAAUAUUGCAUCCUCCAUCCACCGCUGUUUUUAUAUCCUACAUUCAUUGCGAUACUCUAUUACUUUACUGAUAGACGCGAACUCUUUUUUUACUUACAUACAUGCUUUGCUGAUACCAUUUCAAGCUAUCGCCACUGUCUUGCAUCCAUACCCAUACAUUCCCCGGUUAUGUACUUAUUUUCUCCC